AAAGUGAAAUCUUGUAGUACCAUAAUGUAAAGACUUGCAUUGUCAUUUGUUAAACUUGGCGCUCUCAAUCUUCAAAUUGAAUCAAAUUUACGACAUCAACAUGGCGGAUAAAUUGCAAAAUAUUCAAAACGAUGAAAAAAAUUCAAGCAAAUUUCAAUACAGAAUUAAAGAUGAGCCAAUGGAUGCCGAUUUACCCGAAGAAGAUGAAGAACCUCCUGCGUUCGGACCCGCUGCGUUGGGACUUCACAGAGUUGGCACAAAAUUGCCGCCAAAACCAGCACCAAGUGAGCCUGUUCAAAAAUUAAAUGCCAGAGGGAUGCCUGCCCGAAUAAGAAAGAAAAAUAGAUUUAUAUUUGUUGAUGAUUUUGUGAAUACUUCACCACCUAGGCAAUCCCCUAAAAGAACACCAAAAAUAUUAGCAAAAACCCCAAACAAACAGUCUAGUGGUAAAAAGCAGAAAUCUCCAAUGAAGACACCAAAAACUAUUGAAAAAAUUGAAGAGAAGGUGAAUCAUCAAUCACCAGAUCGUAAGAGUGGUCAGCGAAUAGGCAUGAGACUAAGAAAUUUAUUAAAGUUACCAAAAGCUCACAAAUGGGUAUGUUUUGAAUAUUUUUAUAGUAACAUUGACAAGGCUCUCUUUGAUGGUGAGAAUGAUUUUAUGAUUUGUCUUAAAGAAUCAUUUCCACAGUUGACUAAUAAAAAACUAACUCAAGUUCAAUGGGCUAAAAUACGGCGGAUGAUGGGUAAACCACGGCGUUGCUCUCAAGCAUUUUUUGCUGAAGAGCGCAAAGAAUUAGAAAGAAAAAGGAAAUUGAUUAGAUAUAUUCAGCAAAGAAAAACUGCUGAUAUAUGUGUUAAAGAUUUACCUAACGAAAUACCUAUGCAGUUAGUUGUAGGAACUAAAGUUACAGCAAGGUUACGCAAGCCUCAAGAUGGUUUGUUUACAGGUUGCAUUGAUGCAGUUGAUACAUCAAAUAAUACAUAUAGAAUAACCUUUGAAAGGCCAAAACUAGGAACACAUUCUGUUCCAGACUAUGAAGUUUUAUCUAACGAGCCACCAGACACUAUAUGUCUGUCUAGUAUAACCCAAAAAUUUAGACCACGCUAUGUAAUGCAAGAAAUAUUCAAUCUUUAUCAGCCAUCUGCACCCAACAAAAGUAAUAGCCAAGGUGAUCCUAUGAUUGGGUGUAGCGAGUUAGCAAAACAUUUUGAUUCAAACACAGGUAAUUAUCCUUAUCAACUUCUGGAAUUAAUUGUGAAAUUAAAUAAGAUAUUGCAGGCUAAAAGGAGUAAAAUUAAUAAAUUGAAAGAGUUUAACUGUGAAGCAGAAAAAAGAAAAUCGUUUGGACAAAAGAUGCCUGAGGAUUUUGAAAGAAAAUAUGCAGCAACAGUUAUCGAUCUUGAGAGAAUGAAUAUGGAUUUGCAAGAAUAUAUAAAUGAAAUCCAAGUGCACUGUCAGCAAAUUGCACCAGGUCCCAGUUUAGCCGCAAUGUUAGCACCAUCACAUCUUCGAGAAAAAUGCCGGGAAGAAGCUUCUGCUCUAGUAGAAAAGAAUAAUAAUGGAUCUGUUAAAGAAUCAAAUGUUUUAGAUCUUAUAACAGAUCUUACAGCUUUAAUGUUUCAGGUUAAAAGUCUUUCAGAUUCUGACCAAAAUGCUUAUGAAUUGAGUGUUUUACAAGGAACAAUGGACCAAAUUAAAAUGAAGUUAGAGCCUCAAUAUCAAAGACUAUUUCAGAAUAAUGUAGAACUUCACAUGCAAAGAAUUCAGAUGGGCCUAGGUCAAAUGAUAUCUAGUAGUUACGUGGCAGGCACAUAAAACUACAAAUGUAGCUGAAAUAAAAAAUGAUUCAAUUAUAA